UUUUGGAAUACCGGAAGUAGGUGCGAAAUUUUCGUGCUCUUCACUUGCACUUUGAUCUAAAAAUGCUGAAAAACUGUGUAACACUAGGUAGACGAUCCUCCUUUUUAUUGCAAGCUAUAAGAAUGUCAUCUUCUGCUGCUGGCAAUGGUAAACUAUCUGGCAAAGUUGCAGUCGUAACAGCAUCCACAGAGGGCAUUGGUUUAGCUAUUGCCCGUAGACUUGGUCAAGAUGGUGCUAAAGUGAUGGUGAGCAGUAGGAAACAAGAUAAUGUAGACAAGACAGUAUCACAACUGAAGUCAGAAAAUCUUGACGUAGCUGGGCUAGUGUGUCAUGUUGGUAAAGCUGAAGACAGAACUAAACUUAUUGAACAGACUUUAUCACAGUUUGGUGGGAUAGAUAUACUUGUAUCCAAUGCUGCAGCUAAUCCAACUUUUGGACCAAUGUUAGAUACACCAGAAUCUGCAUGGGACAAGAUAUUUGACACCAAUGUGAAAGCCGCAUUUUUUCUUUGUAAAGAAAUUGUUCCUCAUAUGGAGAAAAGAGGGGGUGGUUCAGUAGUGUUUGUGUCAUCAUUUGCUGGGUACACUCCGAUGGAGUUUCUAGGGCCUUAUUCAGUAAGCAAAACAGCAUUAAUAGGUUUAACAAAAGCGCUCGUACCACAACUAUCAUCCAUGAAUAUCCGAGUGAAUUGUGUCGCCCCAGGUGUCAUCCAGACUAAAUUUAGUGAACAGUUAUGGAAAAAUCCUGCCAUUAAAGAUAUGAUCUUACAGAUGAUACCUAUGCACAGGGUAGGUGAACCACCAGAGGUCGCUGGACUUGUUUCAUUUUUAAGUUCUGAUGAUGCCUCUUACAUAACAGGGGAGACCACUCUAGUAACUGGAGGAAUACCUGGAAGGUUGUGAUGGACAUGAACAGUUUAGUGACUGUAGCUCAAAGGUCACAGAAAUCAGAAUAAUUGUGUUAAGGUUAAUGUGAGGGAAAGAUGUUGAAAUACAUUGUACCAAUAGAAUCAUCAAAUGGCAUGAAAAAUGCCAUCAUUGUUAUGGGUAGAAAAAAAUUGAGUCGUGUCAUGACAAAACCAACAUAGUGCAUUUGCGACCAGCAUGGAUCCAGACCAGCCUGCGCAUCUGCACAGUCUGAUCAGGAUCCAUGCUGUUCGCUUACAAACCCUAUAACAAGUAGAGAAAGUGAUAGCGAACAGCAUGGAUCCUGAUCAGACUGUGCAUAUGCGCAGCUGCGCUGGUCUGGAUCCAUGCUGGUCGCAAACCAAUUAUGUUGGUUUUGUCAUGGCGCAGCUCAAAUAUAUAUUUUAUAUAUAUUUUUACACUGCAUGCCAAUUGCCUCCAGAUGAGCAAAAAUAUAUUUUAAAUAAUCAAACCUGAGAAAAUGUACUAAUAUUGUAAGAAAUAUACAUAUUUUGACCUCUUUUUGCUUAUUUACAUGGAUUUUAAGUGCUGUUUGCAAUAUUUAAAUUACUUUCUAUGUUGACUUCACAAUAUUUUAACUUUAAAAUACAUUUUUUUAAAUUUUCAUGGAAAUAAGCAUGAAUCUGGAAAAUAUGUAUUGCUUUAGAAUGCUUAUAUAUUACCAAAUGUAAAUGAAUAGUAGAAAAUAAACAGAUAUUUGUUAGAAGUAGUGUUUAAUCCAUAAUAUUUAUACUUAGAACUUACAUGAAAAAUUUACUUUUGCUAUUGCUCAAAGUAACAACUGAUGUUAGAUAUGAAACAUUUUAGAUAAUAACACAAGUCAUGUAUAUAGGUGUUACAAGUAUUGAAUUUGAUGUUCAGCCUUUGGACAAUACUUGUAAUGAUGAUAUUGUCAUCUUUUAGUGCAGUAACGACUUAACUCCUUAUUCAAUAGAAGUUAAACCGUUACUGCACUAAGCUGGGGAGAAGAUUUAACUUGGGUAUUAAAACGCCUAAAUUCAAAUGUGAUUUUAUGCACAACUGUAUGAAUAGAUAAUAUAGUUAUAAGAUAAUAAUUGUUUAAGUCUUAGAUAAUGUGCUUGAGCCAAUUUUGACUCUUUUUAUGGCAUGUAUUUAGGAGAAGGGAUGUUCCAAAAUUGAUAAACAAACAGCAACUGUGAUAUAUGCUUAUAUAUGAAUAAAUAUGUUUAUAAUAAAUUUAUAUAAUAUAAAA